AUGCGUCAAGCCAAACCAAUCCUAGGUCAAGCUAAACCAAUUCUAGAUCAAGCUAAACCAAUCCUAGGUCAAGCACAACCAAUCCUUGGUCAAGCCAAAACAAUUCUAGGUCAAGCUAAACCAAUCCUAGGCCAAGCUAAACCAAUCCUAGGUCAAGCCAAACCAAUCCUAGGUCAAGCCAAACCAAUCCUAGGUCAAGCCAAACCAAUCCUAGGUCAAGCCAAACCAAUCCUAGGUCAAGCCAAACCAAUCCUAGGUCAAGCUAAACCAAUCCUAGGUCAAGCUAAACCAAUCCUAGGUCAAGCUAAACCAAUCCUAGGUCAAGCCAAACCAAUCCUAGGUCAAGCCAAACCAAUCCUAGGUCAAGCCAAACCAAUCCUAGGUCAAGCUAAACCAAUCCUAAGUCAAGCUAAACCAAUCCUAAGUCAAGCUAAACCAAUCCUAGGUCAAGCCAAACCAAUCCUAGGUCAAGCCAAACCAAUCCUAGGUCAAGCCAAACCAAUCCUAGGUCAAGCUAAACCAAUCCUAGGUCAAGCUAAACCAAUCCUAGGUCAAGCCAAACCAAUCCUAGGUCAAGCCAAACCAAUCCUAGGUCAAGCCAAACCAAUCCUAGGUCAAGCCAAACCAAUCCUAGGUCAAGCUAAACCAAUCCUAGGUCAAGCUAAACCAAUCCUAGGUCAAGCUAAACCAAUCCUAGGUCAAGCUAAACCAAUCCUAGGUCAAGCCAAACCAAUCCUAGGUCAAGCUAAACCAAUCCUAGGUCAAGCUAAACCAAUCCUAGGUCAAGCUAAACCAAUCCUAGGUCAAGCCAAACCAAUCCUAGGUCAAGCCAAACCAAUCCUAGGUCAAGCUAAACCAAUCCUAGGUCAAGCUAAACCAAUCCUAGGUCAAGCUAAACCAAUCCUAGGUCAAGCUAAACCAAUCCUAGGUCAAGCUAAACCAAUCCUAGGUCAAGCCAAACCAAUCCUAGGUCAAGCCAAACCAAUCCUAGGUCAAGCCAAACCAAUCCUAGGUCAAGCCAAACCAAUCCUAGGUCAAGCCAAACCUAUCCUAGGUCAAGCCAAACCAAUCCUAGGUCAAGCCAAACCAAGCCUAGGUCAAGCCAAACCAAUCCUAGGUCAUGCCAAACCAAUCCUAGGUCAAGCUAAACCAAUCCGAGGUCAAGCUAAACCAAUCCUAGGUAAAUCAGCGUUUCACGAGGGCUUCAGUCACAAGAACGUCCUCUUCAAUGGUGCUAUUAUCAACUUCGAAUGUUUACUUAACGUUCUUCGCCUCCAUCAGUGUAGGACUGGCAUUAAGCAUAUCCCAGCCGGGUUGUUAGUAUAA